AUGUCAACACGUGUGCACAUUCCUAUUCAAUAUUUAUUAUGGUUUGCAUAUACAUUACCAGGUCUAGCUCUCUUUACGUGCGUGGGACUGUCUUUAGUGAAAGAUUUUGAGAAAUCCACUCGAACACAUUGCAAUGUCUUUAAUUUUCUCCCGUCAAUCUCAGCAUCGAUUGGCGAUUGUGAACCACAACGUUAUAUUUGGCGAUUGUGCUUCGCAUUAGAUAGUAUUCCUCGUUAUCUGAUUGCAUAUAUGCAAUUGAUGCGUUUAUUAAAUCGUCAUCAUAUGGGUUUAACUGAAUUGUAUCCAUUUGUUCAAAUAGGAAAUAGUUGUCUUCAUUUUCUUGAAUUAACUUUUCUUCUUCUGUUAACAUUUGUUUCAUCGAAUGAAAUUAAAUGGAUUCACGAGUGUUCGUUUGUUGGUUUUAUGAUUUGUUCAUUGUUACAUAUGUUGUUAACGGUCUUAAUCGAUUAUUUCUGGCCACGAACGGCUCAUGUUCGUUUAACUGAUCAAGAAUUAGCUACGCGUUCGAAACGAUUGAGAUGGUUUCUUAUCAAUAUCUUUUCGUUUUUUAUCUCGCUCUAUUUCUACUUUCGACACAACAGCUCUUGUGAAGCUAAUAUCUAUUCGAUGUACUGUCUUUUUGAAUAUAUUGUUGUACUAACAAAUAUUGCCUAUCAUUCUGUUGUCAUGGAUGAAUGGGAUCAAAAUAACGGACAAAUACAAAUCUUUUUUUAA